AUGGCCUCCAAACAAACCGUUUUCCGUUUGCAAAGCAGGAAUAGCAUUGUCGACCUUACCAAGUCUGUAGAGGAGAUACCAAAGGUUGAAGCUCAUGAAGUUCUUGUCAAGGUUCGCAGUGUUGCACUGAACUUUCGAGAUUUAGCCAUCGCUACUUCGCGGUAUCCAUUUCCCGUCAAAGACAAUGUAAUCCCUGUUUCGGAUGCAGCUGGGGAAAUUGUUGAAAUUGGACCUAAUGUCCAAGGAUUUACUAUAGGCGAUUGGGUCAUUGCCAAUUUCAACCCACGCAAUUUAUACGGCCCUAUGAAAGACUGGUUCGGUGGCUUAGGCGGCCCGGUGGACGGCGUUCUUCGGAAUUACCUCCCUAUCAACGCGGACUCGCUUAUCAAGGUUCCCAAGGAAUCUUCAUUGAAAGCUUCACAGUGGGCCGCGCUUGUCUGUACCGGCACGACCGCUUGGAAUGCUCUUUAUGGAAAUAUUCCUUUAAAGCCAGGGCAGACUGUACUGUUCCAAGGUAAAUACGCUGACCGAUAUCUUGACAAAGGACUGAACUCAACGAAUCUGAACGCAGGUACGGGUGGUGUUUCCAUUACUGGAUUAGUUUUGGCUAAAGCAGCGGGAGCAAAAACAAUUAUUACCUCAUCUAGCGAUGAAAAGCUGGCCUAUGUAAAGAACAAAUAUGGCGUUGAUCACACCAUCAACUACAAAGUCCAUCCAGAAUGGUCUAAAGAAGUACAAAAUAUCACGAAAGGAAAUGGCGUUGACUAUAUUUUUGAGAAUGGUGGGUCUGGUACGAUUAAACAAAGUAUUGACUGCAUUGCCUUUGGCGGCAUGAUAUCCAUCAUAGGCUUUUUAUCUACCGCCAAGCAAGACGAAAUGCCGGAUGUAGCUGGUCUUGCUCUUUCCAAAGGCUGUAUAAUUCGGGGAAUAACUGUCGGGUCGAAGCAGCUGCUUGAAGAAUGCGUGCGCUUUGUUGGUUCUCACAACUUGGAGAUCCCGGUGGAGAAGACGUUUUCUUUCACUGAAGAGGGCGUGACGGCUGCUUAUCAAUAUUUAUCGGAGGGUCAACAUAUCGGGAAGGUUUGCAUCGAUUUCGAAUAA